AGAAAGCUAUGAAAAUCACAUAUUUUUCCAUUUUUCAAAAGAAUUUUAAAGUCUAAAGGCAUUCAGUGUUUGCAAGUGGGAUAAAAGAGAGCUGGGCUCAUUAGAACGAAUCCUACCUUCCUAGGCCUCUGAGGAGGUAACACUAUAUAAAUGGAAACUGUGAUUGCAGAACAGCAGGGCAUCUACAAUCGGCCCCUUACUUAUGACCCACUCUGUAACCCCCGAACAGCUGAGUUUCAUUUCUCUGCUAUUCUGAGCAUCAGCAAGUCCAUCAGACUUCCCUUGUUUUCUUUUUAAAUGGUGAGACUCAAGUUAGCCUGGAAUUAAUGAUUAACAGUUGCUAUUUGAAAGUGUGGUUAAGUGCAGCUUUGGCCAGCAGGCAUCCUAAUUGUGAGUUUGACCAACUGCUAAGGCACAUGGGCAAAUUCAAGUUCUCUAAGCUUCUCUGUAUGUCACUUGUUUGAAUGCAUAGUAAAAUAAGAGAGAAAAAAUUAAUGUAUUCAAAAAGCAAGCACCUCUACCAAGGUAUGUGUUUGAUAUGCAAAGAUUUUCAGGACUUUCACAGGCAUGCUGUACAAAGAGACGAUGUUACAUCACACUAGGAACCAGUAAAAGUAAAUAUUAAAGUUAAGUGAACAUUACCUGCAAAAUCUCAUUUAGAGGAGGAUGAAAACCAUUUUGGAAAAAGAAAGACAUUCUUAUUAAGAAUUGCAGCAAACAAGGAGUUUCAGGUAUGAUUUCAAAAAUUAUUUAAGAUUUCCCUCAAGCAAUUAUUCCUUGAAGUGCCUUUUUCUAUUGUACCAUGGGGUUUUAAAAUAUUUUUACAAUAGACAAUGAUUGAUUUUUAAAAUGUGUCUGAUUUAACAUUUUGGAGGUUUUUAGUUAAUAACCAUAAGCAAUGUGGGAGGAGAUGCAGAACGGAAGAAGAGUAAUAGUUUGUACUCAAUAGCAAGUAUUUUACAAAUUAAAAAGAUUUUCAAGAGUAAUAUGAACAAAUCAGAAGACUUGAUUUGUCUCAUAGCAGGUUUUUCAUAGAGCUGUCAGUUCAGGGCUUUGUGGGGAUAAGUACAUGUAUGAGUGACCAAGACAACCUAGGAAUAGAUUUGUAACAUAAUUUUUAAAUUAGAAAAUUUUGUUAGUAAAAAAUCAUUUAUAGCUUCUUUGACAGAUUUAGAAAAGAAACCUCAAAGAUGGAAAGAAAGGAAAUGAAUUGAAAGAGAAGAAAGAAAUGGAAAAAUUGGGAUGGGGAGAGAGUCAGAUGAUGGCAGUGAGAAAUGUCUGAUUAAUAGUGAGCUGGAGGCCGAGGAGGGGGAGGGAAGGGAGGAAAGUGAGAGCACCCUUCCCUUUUAGCCCUUGGUCCUUCCCAUCCAUGAACGUGUUGACCACUGCACAGACGACCAUGCUGAGGAACGCUCUAGGCUUGGGGAAAGAUAAAAUUCAGCUUACGAGAGGAGCUCUGUGAACACUACUGAAUUAACUACUCCUCUCCCUCCGUAUUUCUUGUAAACUCUGAUAUCAGUAAAUUAACUAUAAAUUCACAUUUUGUGUUCUAAACACAUGUACAUUUUUCUUUUUGUAGGAUGACUUUAUUAUAUCAAAUGGUACAUUUCAUUUUAUUUGCCUCAGUUUCUGGUGAGUGUGUGACCAAGCUGUUCCAAGAUGCCUACUUUAAAGGAGGAGACAUUACUGUUGUUUUCACACCAAAUGCCAAGCACUGCCAAAUAGUCUGCACCCACCAUCCAAGGUGUUUGCUCUUCACUUUUAUGGCUGAAUCAUCAUCUGAAGAUCCUACCAAGUGGUUUACUUGCAUCCUGAAAGACAGUGUUGCAGAAACACUGCCGAUGGUCAAUAUGACGGGAGCAAUUUCUGGAUAUUCUUCCAAGCAAUGCUCAGACCAAAUAAGUGCUUGCAACAAAGAUAUUUAUGUGGACCUACAUAUGAAGGGCCUGAACCAUAACAGCUCUAUUACCAAGAGUGCUCAGGAAUGCCAAGAGAGGUGUACGAAUGACAGGCACUGUCACUUUUUUACAUUCGCCACAGAGCACUUUCCAAGCGUAAAGUAUCGUAACAUUUGUCUGUUGAAGUACACCCAAACGGGGAUGCCAACCAACAUAACAAAGCUCAGUGAAGUGGUGUCUGGAUUUUCACUGAAGCCCUGUGCGCUUUCUAAUCUGGCUUGUAUUAGGGACAUUUUCCCUAGAACGAUGUUUGCAGACAGUAACAUUGACAGUGUCAUGGCUCCAGAUGCUUUUGUCUGUCGCAGCAUUUGUACUCACCAUCCCAGUUGUUUGUUCUUUACCUUCUUUUCUCAAGAAUGGCCAACAAUAUCUGAAAGAAAUCUGUGUCUACUUAAAACGUCUACAAGUGGGUUGCCAAGCGCACGCAUUAGAAAGAACAAAGCUCUUUCUGGUUUUAGUCUACAAAACUGCCGGCACAGUGUCCCAGUGUUCUGCCAUUCUUCAUUCUACCGUGACACUGAUUUCUUGGGAGAAGAACUGGACAUUGUUGAUGUGGACGGGCACGAAGCCUGCCAGAAAACAUGUACCAACAGCAUCCGCUGUCAAUUUUUUACCUAUUCUCCAUCUCAAGAACCUUGCAACGGAGGGAAGGGUAAAUGCUACUUAAAACUUUCUGCAAAUGGAUCUCCAACUAAAAUACUUCAUGGGAGAGGAAACAUCUCUGGAUAUACGUUAAGGUUAUGUAAAAUGGAUAAUGCGUGUACAACGAAAAUCAAGCCCAGAAUUGUUGGAGGAACCAAGUCUGUUCUUGGAGAGUGGCCAUGGCAGAUAACUUUGUACAUCACAUCACCCACCCAGAGACACCUGUGUGGAGGCUCCAUCAUCGGAAACCAGUGGAUAUUAACAGCUGCUCAUUGUUUCAGCGAGGUAGAGUCACCUAAAGCUUUGCGUGUCUAUAGUGGCAUUUUAAACCAAGAAGAAAUAAAAGAGGAUACAUCUUUCUUUGGGGUUCAAGAAAUAAUAAUUCAUGAUCAGUAUGAAAUGGCAGAAAGUGGAUAUGAUAUCGCCUUGUUGAAACUGGAAAUGACAAUGAAUUACACAGAUUCUCAACGACCCAUCUGCCUACCUUCCAAAGGAGAUAGAAAUGUGACGUAUACUGAGUGCUGGGUGACUGGAUGGGGGUACCAAAAAUUAAGAGACAAAAUACUAAAUACUCUCCAGAAAGCCCGGGUACCCUUGGUGACAAAUGAAGAAUGCCAGGCAGGAUACAGAGGGCAUAAAAUAACUAAUAAGAUGGUCUGUGCAGGCUACAAAGAAGGAGGGAAGGAUGCCUGCAAGGGAGAUUCGGGGGGCCCCCUGUCUUGUAAGCACAACGAGGUCUGGCACUUGGUAGGCAUCACGAGCUGGGGCGAAGGUUGCGGCCAAAGGGAGCGGCCAGGUGUUUACACCAACGUGGUCGAGUACGUGGACUGGAUUUUGGAGAAAACGCAAAGCAGCUUGAAAGAGUCCCCAGAUGCCAUUUGACUCCCUGAAGGCUUCCCCACUGCACCCAACACCCCCGGGGAACGUGUGCACACUUUGUAACUCCAAGAAACUUUCAAAGGACACUGUGCUGUACCAAGGCAGAAACUUCCAUAUCCUGUGAGGAUCUGUGUUAAUGCUCAGACAUUGUGAAAUAAACAGUCAAGUGGCACUCGUGACCUUGGUUGGGAAGGUACCUUAAAAAAGAAUACAGGGGGGCCUUCAAGAUGGCGGAGGAGUAAGACGCAGAGAUCACCUUCCUCCCCAC